GCUUCUAAAAUAAUCUCGUCGAUUGUUUGCGCCCUCUACGUCCGUGUAUGUUUCUUGUUCAAAGUUGUGGCGCCCGUUCCAGCUGAAGUCAUAACAAUCUAUUUUGAGAACCUGGGAAAAGUGAGGAUGCUUCAUUCCUGUAAUGGUGAUAUGGUUUAUCCACCGUUGACUGUUCUGAUCUAUUAACAAUUGUGAAGAACGAGGUUGAUCAUGAAUGAUCUUCAGAACUACGGGAGUGGUCUAGGACCUGGUGCUGGGGACACCAACUACUCCUAUAGAUUGGGUGAUCUUCGAUCUGGUCAGAGCAUUCUCCCAUCCAAACCCUAUCCUGGAACACUUCCCAUGAGAGCGUACCAAGAUUCCAGAGACACAACGUCAUCAGUUGACUCUCUCCUAGCGGGUCCUUUCUCGCAUCCGUCUUACAAUGACAUCACAGACGAUGACAGUUUGAAUGAUAUGCCAGUUACGCAAUCAACCAGAGCGCACCUUUUGCCAAACCCAGUAGAACAACUUAGUUUGAAGACGCGUGGUGUACAACUACCAGUCAAGCACACCAAUGAAAUCGGGACUCAGAUUGGUAUACUCUUACCUAAAUACCACGUCCAUCCACAGUCAAAGUGCAUUAUGUGUCGUGACUGUGGAAUAUUUUUCUCCCAUGGUUCAUUUCUCAGGCACCUCCAUGACAAUAUAGGUCGCCGUACAGACUGCCAGUCAUCAAUGCUUGAACUUGGUGUAGAUAACCCUGGUGUCCAACAAAUGAAGUUGUGGGAUGACUUCCUGGCAAAGCUGAAAGGAGAGGAAGGAUCACAUGCACGUCCACGUACAUCAUCAUACGACCUCAAUGGCGUAACAAGUAAUGUAGCUCUUGAGGGGAACCACUAUCGUUCAUCUUCAGAUUCCUUUUCCUCGACACAACCCAUUCAACCUCGAAGGCCUGCAAUGCAUUAUAGCCCUCGGACCAGCAUGCGUGGGGUUCAGCGAAGUCUGCCCACCACCAAGGGAUCCCAACUUGUAGGUCCUUCAGGGAACAGCCCCCCAAAUAGUUCAUCAGAAGCGAGCUCGAUUUCAGACCUCAACAAAAACAUUCAGAACACCGUGGAUGCAUCGGAACGUCUCCUCAGGGAGACCUCACAGUAUCUUGCCUCAACAGAGAAGUCACGCCAUAGAAGGAACCGAUCCAUCACAAUGGACCUUCACUCAAAGUCUGAACAUCCGGAGGGAAAAUCCCAAGCCUCUCGAUCCCUUUUCGGCUCGCAGAGUUCGCACGUAGCACCUCACCAGCAAAAUCGCCCGAGAGAACAUUCUUCCAAGGCCAUCCUCUCUCCGUCAGGAACUCAGAAUGAGAACGGCAAUACUGACGGGAUCCAAACGGCUCGAUUUCCUCAAGACAGUAGGAUCUUUGCUGGAGGUGAUCUGCCUUCCAACACAUCAAACCCAGAUACUCGUUCCACAUCACAAGGCAAUCCAAGCUCUGUAAAUGCAAUGAGGGUUGCUUCAUCAGUAUUGCCCCAAGGUGAGGCAGGAUCAAGAUUUAGGUUCCCUGUACUCAAUGGUGAUUUGCUUGAAGAACAGAACCAGCAAAACAGCACAAAAGAUAAACAAGAUCCUCUUUUCAUCUUGCAAACUGCCCAAGAACUUCUCACGCUGGCUUCUCAUCGGAUCCAGAUCUUGAAAGACGUGGCAGCUGGAGGGAAUGGAGUCCCAAAGUCUCCAGGAAGAGACGAUGAAUUCCUAAAGCUAUACCAUGAGGAACGAUCAAAGCGAAGAAAGUUUGAGGCUCAGAUACAGCAAUUACAGGAGUCUCUGCAAGAAGAACAAAAACAACGCAAAGAACUGGAAAUACAACUAAGAGCAUUGAAACUGCAAAGAUAGCAAAAUCCUCAACUUAUUUUCGGGACACCCCAAUACUCUUCCGGUUUGGGGUGGUAAGGUGAUGAGAGAUGCGGUUAUCGAGGUGCCGGGAUGCGGAAAUUUUCAAUUUACUUCAGGACGACUGCUUUGAAUACAUUCUGGAGCCAUGAUUACCUUGAUGUUGAAGUUGGGGUCAGAAGUCCAGGAUCAGUGUUUCCAAUGUCAUUGUAAGGUCAUUUGUUAUCAUAUGCUAAUUAUGAAAUUAUCUUAAAGAUAAAUGCCAGUUGUGUUAAAUAACGAUCUCAUAAUGAGUUCAAACAAAAUCCAAUAAAAUGCUCACCCAUUUGUUUGUAUGUAUAAAAAAAAAAUAUGCAAAUGGCUGUGGAAGAAAUUAUGUGAUUCUUGAGAAAAUAGCAAAUUGAGCACUGAAUUCCAUCAAAUGUCAUGUAGUUUUCCAAGCAAUAUUAAUUCACGGUCCUACAAAUGCUUUUCUGUGUUAGUGAUAAUCAGAAUUGGAAAGACUUUCUCAUGAAAUAAUUGUUUGCUCCAACUAGAUUCUGUUUUACAGAUUAUUGUCCUCCAUGGAGCUCAUAUCUAUGAACUCUUCCAUCUGUAUGGUCUUACUUUUAUUUUAACCUUGAAGAGUUGUUUGAUACAUGUAUAUUUUUAACAUUUUAAUCACCUUUUUUCCAAUGAGAUAUCAGUAUUCAGUAAUCUUAUAUUUUAACUACAUGUAAUGCAGUGCAGUGCAACUCUAUCAUUAUCAUAAUAAUUAUUAUUAUUAUAAGUGAUUUUAUUUAUUGUGUGAGAACUUAUUCUGUCUGUUAUUAAUCAUAUUUUCUAUAAUAUCAUCCCACCUCGAAGGGGAAAUCAAAAUAAAGGCGGUUCGGAUAAAAGCUGUAGAAUUGGAGAAACCUAUAAAUCAAUUUAAUAAGAGGUUUUUGUUUUUUUUCAUUCUUUUGAAAUAUUUUGAACUGCUCCCAUAUACUGAAUGAUUUAUAAUGCAUCAUUUUCAUAGAAGAGCGAAGAUGUGUGUGUUGAAAAUAAUAAUAAUGUGACUUAUAAAGCGCCAAAUCCACUCUGUAGAGUGCUCAAGGCGCAUAAAGAACUAAGAGUUAAAUAAAAAAAAGUUUUUAGAAGAUUUUUGAAAGUUUCGACAGAGGUACAUUUUUUUAUGUCUUCAGGAAGGCUAUUCCACAAAGUGGGGCAUGCAAAAGCAAUCGAUCUAUAUAUAUAAUAUAUUUUUUUCUCAGGGAAAAAUCAGGGGCGGUAUUCUGAGGUCAUUUUAUCUUUAAAAUAUUUUAUUUUAUCUCUUAAAAUGAAAUUGGUAUUCUGAGAUGACAUUUUAUCUCUCAGAUUAAAUUUACAAUUUUAUCUUGCGUAUAAAUUUUAUCUUGCGUAUCUAUGAUGAUACGCAACAGAGCAGUGGCUGCGUAGACAUACCCAUCGCGUAUCUGGCCAUUGCAACGCGGGUGAUGUGCUUGCGCCCAAGUUUCUUUGAAGAAAAAAUAAAAUAAACUUAAAAGAGGGUAGGGGCUAUUUUUUCUCCGCGACGUUGAUUUCGUCAAUAUUUUUAAGUGAAUUAACUCCAAAUGUUGGCAUGAAAAUUAAGAAAAAUGAUAUAUUCAUUGAGAACAACACCUUAAAGUUAUUCCUGUACAAUCAGGAAGCAUUUCAUAAGACUUUUCUUGACUAAUAUUGUCUUUGAAAUGAUGCUUGAAAAGAUGCGAUAUAGACUUCGAAAAAAAGAUGAGAGUAUUGCCAUUUUUGUUAAAAAGAAAUCUCUGUAAAGACGCGCAAGCGUAUAGUGCAAGCGUAUUGAAGUCAAUAAAUUGACGCAAUCUCACCUCUUCGCCACACCUCCUAGCGGAAUGGAUUUCCAUUGGUUGAGUGAUAUGAGAGAGCUAUAAAAGCGUGUUUCUUAUUGGAUAUUGAUUUAAAAAUAGGUGUGUCUUACAGAGAUAAAAUGAAGAUAAAAUUGUUCUCAGAAUACCAAUUCGGAGAGAUUUUAAGGGUAUUUUAUCUCACUGAUUUUAACGGAGAUAAAAUAUUUUAUUUUAUCUGAGAUAAAAUGGAUCUCAGAAUACCACCCCAGGCCUAUGAAAGAAAUCACCUUGCAUGUGAUAGGCAUCAAAGAAAUAUUACCAACAAAAUCAUUGAUUUUUAAAAUCCUUUUUUUGUUGUUAUUCAAUCAUUAUUAUUAUUAUUAUUUUGUUUGGCGUCACCUGUGCCUGGGACGCGAAAAGCAAACUGAAUCACUAUAUGACCCGCAGGUCUCUCCUCCUGAUAUAACUGAUUGGGGGGAGUGCAGGUGGACCACUACACCGGGGUUUCCCCCUACUCUUAUACAAAUAGUGCAGUGGGUUCUUAACAUGCAAAGGUGGUGACUCCUCUACACGGGGCCUCCAUUUAACGCCCUAUCCGAGGGAUAUUCUUUUCAUAUUCAUAUUCAUUAAAAGAAUUUUCCUCUUACAUUUUCUGUUUUUAUCAAAAAAUAUUUAAACUUAGUGUAGGGAUCGAUUUUGAACUGUUAUUUCUUUCCACUCUUAUUCAUGAAUCAUCCCCUUUUUUCUAAUAGAACAUCCCUCAUUUAUAUUCACCCUUUUCAUCCUAACUUUCUAUUCUUUAUGUACAACUCUCUAUACACUAUCUGCUGUACACUCCUCACACAAGGUUCUUUUGUAUUAAAUCACUCCACCAUUCUUCAUACAGCUUUCUUCACUCCUCUCUCCCUCUCCUUCCACCUCUCUCCUUCUGAUUGGUUAUAAUGUUAAGUUGAUGCACUCAAGCUUAGAUAAUAAUUUGCAUAUUGUUUGAAUAGUCAAUAUAUAUCUUUUGUUGUGUAUUUGAAUAUUCAGUUAUACUUUGUUCUAUUGAUUUACGUUUAUAUGAAUAUUGAUAUGCCUUCACUAAUUUGAAUGGAAUGUUGCUUAGAAUGCAACAAGGCUUUAAUAUAUUAAAAACUGGGAGUUGGCCAGUAAGUUAUCAACCUGA